AUGACAGAUUUGACGCCUUACAAAUCAAAAGUGUCCUUCUGGAGCAGCUCUAGGCCCAUUGCGCCGUUUCUCCCAUACUCUCCAGGUCUUCUACUUUACCCCAGCUUGGACAUUUUCGAUAAGAUUUCGACAAUCAACAGUCAUCUCUAUCUCAGUGGCUUACAAGCCAUCACCCCAAAAAGGCUGCAGAAUUAUGGGGUGACACUUUUAAUCUCUAUAAUGCCAGGGACAUUACCUGAAGAUAUUCUAUCACAGGUAACUACGCAUGUUCAGGUACCGGUGGAAGAUAUUGAGUUCACCAACCUCGGAAUUCACUUCGACGCGUUGGCAGACAGGAUAGCCCAGGAAGCACGCCGCGGUGGGCGAACUCUAGUUCACUGUAUGGCUGGAGUAUCGCGGUCGGCAUCCAUUGUCCUUGCUUACUUAAUUAAAUAUCAGAAAAUGAGCUUGGCCGAGGCAUACGACCGCGUGCGCUCCAUCAGACCAUGUAUUCAACCGAAUCUGGGAUUUUGGCGCCAGCUGAUAGCUUAUGAGGAAGUAAGACGGGGCACCACAUCUAUGUGGGUCGGUCCCAAUGCAAUGCCUUUCCUUCCCUUUCCUCGCACAAUGUCCAGCGGCUUACAGUGGAAUCACCCGACAACGUCCAGAAGACCAAGGUUCAGGAAGCACUGGAGCAUUGUCGACAAUUAUUGA